AUGGCAGUCAAAGUAAUGGCAGUCAAACUGAACGUGGACAGACACGUUCGAAUACAAGGAGCAGGCUCUCACAACCACAUCACACAAUGGGGCGACCUGACCAAGACCUACAACAUUGCUUACCCCGGUCGAAUACGACGUUGGCCGACGGUGAGAAAGCCUCCCGUCGGUGGCGGCGUGUCGUUGCCUUUGGAGGACAAACAACAGAGCAACUAUUUAGUCCAACCUCAGGGUGCAACAGAUAUUGUUGCACGGAGAGAUAGACACCGAGACGAGCGACAGGCAAGCUAA